AUUAUGCUUCAAUGUUAAUUAAAAAUGAAAGUUAAUUUAUAAAUCAAUUGCUGGACUUAAUCGACGAAAAUAAUCACAAAAUAUCAUACUUAAUAUUUAUAUAUAUAUUUUUCACCACUUUCGUGCAUCACGAUACACAUUGCACAACCAGCAUGGCUGAAAAAGGAGACAUUUCGAGUUCUGAGACUUUAAAGAAGUUUGCUCAAAGAGUUACAACAUCUAGCACGAAAGAACGAAUUGGUCUGCUCCACAACGUGACAGAAUGUGUUGGCAAAUCGGAUUUCCCAGAAAAUGCUGUCAAAGGAGUGUUUAAAUUUCUUUCCCUCACAAUUGGUCGAUAUGAGGACAACAGGUCAAGGCAGGCAGUAAGGAGCCUUGUGCGAAAACUUGCUAAAGUACAUCCUACAGCUGCUCUUAAGAAUGUAUCAGCAGCUCUCAACCAAGAGGCAGAGGCCCAAAGAAAAAUUGUCCAUGCAAGUCGGAGUUCAUCAGGUAAUGCUCUGUUUGCACUAACAUGGACGUGCAUUGUGCUGCAAGAAGUUUGGACAUCAAAUGUCAAGUGUGACAAAAAUGACCUGAAAAGUUUGGUCAUUGUGCAGUGUGGACUGAUAUAUGGCGCUCUUGCAGCUAGAUGGAAGUCAGUUUCAGAAUCAACAUUCAAGAAGAUGGCUGGCCUGUUUUCACUGAACACUGAAAGCUCGACAAAGUAUGCAGAACUUCUUCAGGAGAUAGAGCCAUCUAUGUUUAACUUAAGUGCUGUUUCCAUGCUGUUAAAAUAUCUAGCCAAAACCAAAGACCAGGAUUCACUUUCCAAAUUCAAGGGUCCAUUUGUAGAGAUGUAUGUGAAACAGAUUCUUGGAAGUCGUGGCAAACCACCCAAAAUGUUGUUGGACAGCUGUAAUGAGCUACUACGUCACUUGAAUCAUGCAGAGUUUAAGGAAACUGUGCUACCAGCAUUACAGAAAGCCAUGUUGAGGAGUCCAGAAAUCAUUUUGGAAGCUGUUGGAAGCCUUUUGUGUGGAGUAACUAUUGACUUAGGCCAGUACGUGCAGGAUUUAGCAAAACCUCUGGGAAUACAACUUUGUUCCAAAGAAGAUAUUACUCGUCAGGAAGCUGUUGCAGCAUUUACCAAUCUUGCUAAGCAGUGUAGUGACUCGGGGGCCAUGGAGAAGCUAGUUAUCCACUUAUUUGGAGUGUUAAAUGGCUCUGAGGGGAAGUUGACCAUUGCUGACCAGAGAAUAAGUGUCCUACAAGCUAUAGGCAGUGUCAAUCAAAACUCGGUGAGUGGCGCCAACACCUUGGAAAGUCUAAGUACCACAGUAGCCGAGAAGUUCCUGCCAAUCCUGCAGAGUGAAAUUCAUGAGGGCACCUUGGUAGUAGCGUUGAACAUGUUGUCACUUUGGUGUUCCAAGUUCUACAUAAAAGUUCCAGACAAACUGAUAGAGUGGUUCAAGAAAGGAAUCACCUUAAAAACAUCCACAUCGUCUGUCAGGAAUGCCUAUCUCCAGUGCAUGAAUGCAUCAUUCCAUGGUGAUACCCUGACACAGACCUCAAAGGUUCUGGAUAUUCUUGUACAAACUCUCAACAAAGCAGUCAAUCAGUCCAGCCAGUCACAGCUCGUCUCAGAGGCCCUCACGGCAUGCUGUUUGCUGGCUAAAUUUUCAGUGGUGGAUGACAUUCAAUCAGAGUCCAAGAUGGGACCAUUUUGGUCCAUCACUAUGGAAAACAACAAGCAAUAUUUCCUUCAGGAGAAGUUUUUGUCGUCAGUCAGUGACGAGGUACUGGAAAGUGUGGUGUUUCUAACAGAGAAAAUGAUUUUGGAGUAUCCUACAAAAAUGACUGAAAAGAUUUCAAAACCAUAUUACAAAGCCUUGGUGUACUGUGUGACACAUAAGUCGAGAGCUGUGAGAAAAUCCACAAUGGACGUAAUAAAGCGACUCAUUUCUUUGCUGGGUGGAACAUCCAUUUGUCUUAGCCUUGUGAAAGAGUACGAGGAAAUGUUGAAAGCUCAAAAGUUGAUUGACCCAGAAACACGAGACAGUGAGGAGAAUUCUCCAGAGACAUCCAAGUAUGCUUCACCAGUCAUCCUUGCCAGAGGUCUUAUCACUGUAACCGCUGUCGACAAUGCUGACCCAAAGGAUGCAGAAGCCAUUGCCAUGGCAACUGUCAAGUCAGCCCACCACCCUUGCAUAGUGUUUUCUAACAGUUCUACGUGGACAGACAUUCUGUAUCAAUUGAAAAUUGAUGCCAGACAGUUUCUAAUAAACCAUGUUGACAAGUGUUUGGAAAGUGUGAAAACUGACAGAAAACUAGAUGAGUGUACACAGAACGCUCUGUCUACGUUUGUCAGAGUAGCCCCGGACCUGGUCCUGCCUAAGAUGAUUGCCUACAGUACAGGGUUGUUAGAUAAGAGUGAACUGUUACUAGUGACACAGGCGGAGCAUGGAGUUUUUACCUGCCCUAAGGGAGAACUAUACGACAAAACUCUACUCCUACAGUUUGAGAAGUCAUCAGAUGGGAAGGACAUCAACAUCAGAAAAGAAAACAAACUUUACUCAUAUGAAGAACAAAUGGCUGAAUUAGAACUCAAGAAGGAAUUGGAGAAGAAGAAAGGAAAACAAACAAAGGAACCUGUGAAGUUAUCCAAGAAGCAGGAGGAGAUGCUACAAGCUCAGAGAGACAAGGAGGCUGAGAUCAGAAAGAGGCUUACUAAGCUGAAUGAUUCGUUGUGUUGUGGAUGCCAGAUUAUUCAGGCUAGUCUGCGUGGUAACAGUCAAGCUACCUGUGAAUACAUGAAUCGUUUGUGUGGAUGUCUGGUACCACUCUUGAGGUCUCCACUUGGAGCCCCAGAAGCCAGCAAAGUUUACCUUAGCAUAGGUCAAGCUGUGUUUGAGGACAAUAUGUUUGGUAUGAAAGUCAGCAAUAUUGGUCUAAGAUUGCUUGAGCCAGCAUGUCCGCUGAAUGAAGAGUGGACCCGGAUCCCAGUCAAAGAACAAGCAACAAGUGUCGUACAACUCCUGAGUGAGAGGUCAGUGCCUGACCCCGUGUCGGACCCGGACAGAGAGACAGAACUGUUUGAUGCUUCCACUUUUGUGUAUAUUUAUUACAUUCUGGCUGUUGUUUUGCGUAAUGGGGGAGAAUUGGUUGGCAGUGAUGAAUUAACAGUGUCUCGGGCCUUGAAGAUGAUCAUCAAUCAUGCUCAGAUGAGGAAAACUAAGUCCAGCAAUUCAUCCAAUCCUGAAUUACUGCCUCACCACGAUAUCCUGAGAACACUACUCCAGGUGAUUGGAACCACCUCUUCCUCCAAGAUUCAACAGCUAGCCAGUACUGCCUUGGUGGAGGUGGCAGAGUCCAUUUCAGGGAAAGAGGGAUGUGCAGAGCCUUCAGGGAAAGACAUUGUAGUCCUGCUGGAUGCUCUAAUGCUGCCCAAUGUGACAUCCAGGGAUUCUGCUUUACAGGGGCUUAUUAGGAUGUCCGAUGUCCUGCCAAACAUUGAUGAUGACCUUGACCUUGGAUUACAGAUUGCUCGGCGGGUGUGGGUUGUCAGUUAUGAUGAUGAUGACAACAUUAGACAGCUUGCUGACAUUUUACGUGAGAGAAUUCAGCUGGAUGAGCCAUAUGAAGAUUUGUGUUCGCCUCUUAUUGAUGAUGUGACGCAUUCUGAGGAGAUUGUGAGGAAAGCUUCAGCUAAAGCCAUGGAGAAAACCAUCAGUUGUCACCCCGAGUUCAUCACGACCACCAUCCAGCAACUCAAGGAGAAAUAUCAAGAUAAGCUCUAUAUGCCUCCACCAGUAUUGGACUCGUUUGGACGCCAGAUUGGGGAGCCUCCACUAGAUGAGUGGCCAGCACGUAGCGGGGUGGCUCUGGCCCUGGAGAAGAUCUCCCCACUGCUUCCUGCAGACCAGAUAGAGGAACUGUUCUCCUUCUAUGUACCUCACGCCUUGGGUGAUCGGUCAGUGGAGGUCAGGACACGCAUGAGAGAUGCUGCCCUAGCAACGGUCACAGCCCACGGGAAGGAGCACGUGAACAUCCUCCUGCCAGUCUUUGAGGACUGCCUGAGCAAUGCUCCAGACACAGCCAGCUUUGAUGCUGUUCGACAGAGCAUUGUCAUCUUGAUGGGAUCGCUGGCCAAACAUUUAGACAAAGACAAUCCAAAAAUCAAACCUAUUGUGGCUCAGCUGAUUGGAGCAUUGUCCACACCCUCUCAAGAGGUACAAGAAGCAGUGGCUAAUUGCUUACCUCCCCUGGUGCCAGGAAUUAAGCAGAAUGCCCCGGAGCUGGUACAGAAAUUGCUGCACCUGCUGCUGGAGUCUGAUAACUAUGGUGAGAGGAGGGGGGCAGCGUACGGAUUGGCUGGCCUGGUGAGGGGGCUGGGAAUCACUGCCCUCAAACAGCUAGAGAUUAUGUCCACUCUGGAGCAGGCUGUCAAAGACAAGAAAAACCCACGCAGAAAAGAAGGUGCUCUGUUUGCCUAUGAGAUGCUGUGUGCAAUGCUGGGGAAAUUGUUUGAGCCUUAUGUUGUCCACAUUCUUCCACAUCUUCUGUUGUGUUUUGGAGACAGUAGUCCUUAUGUUAGACAGGCAGCAGAUGACACAGCCAAAGCUGUUAUGAGCAUGCUUACAGCCCAUGGAGUUAAACUGGUGUUGCCUUCAUUACUGAAAGGUUUAGAAGAAGAUUCAUGGAGAACUAAAACAGGAGCUGUGGAACUGUUGGGAGCUAUGGCAUUCUGUGCACCCAAACAGUUAUCUGCAUGCCUGCCUAGCAUUGUACCCAAGAUCUCAGAAGUACUGACCGAUUCUCAUGCCAAAGUGCAGAAGGCUGGCGCCCAGGCUCUCAAACAGAUCGGAAAAGUCAUCAGGAAUCCAGAAAUUCAAGCCAUUGUGCCUGUAUUACUGGAUGCUCUACAGGAACCAGCAAAAAAGACGCUGGUGUGUCUGCAGACUUUGCUAGAGACCAAGUUUGUCCACUUUAUUGACGCCCCCUCACUGGCCCUGAUCAUGCCUGUUGUGGAGAGAGCUUUCCAAGACAGAAACACAGAGACUAGGAAAAUGUCUGCUCAGAUUAUUGGAAAUAUGUAUUCUUUAACUGAUCAAAAGGAUUUAGAUCCAUACAUUGAGAAGGUCAUUCCUGGCCUGAAGCAGUCAUUACUUGACCCUGUUCCAGAGGUCAGAAAUGUGUCGUCUCGUGCCCUUGGUGCUAUGGUGAAGGGAAUGGGCGGAGCUAAGUUUGAUGAACUACUGAAUUGGCUGAUGGAGACCUUGAAAUGUGAACAGAGUUCAGUUGAUAGGUCAGGUGCUGCACAAGGUUUGAGUGAGGUUAUUGGAGGUCUUGGUGUCCAGGAAUUACGCCGCCUGAUGCCGGGCAUCAUCCAGACGGCUGAGAGAAGCGACAUUCCGUCUCACGUCAGGGACGGUUACAUCAUGUUGUAUAUUUACCUACCAGCGGUGUUUGAGAAGGAUUUCUUGGAAUAUGUCGGACCCAUUAUUCCAUCAAUUCUAAAGGCUUUGGCAGAUGAAUCAGAAUAUGUGAGAGAGACAGCUCUGAGAGCAGGUCAGAGAAUGAUAAAUCUGUAUGCAGACACAGCCAUUGAAUUACUGCUUCCAGAGUUAGAGAGGGGAUUGUUUGAUGACAACUGGAGAAUUAGAUUUAGCUCAGUACAGUUACUGGGAGACCUCCUCUACAAGAUAUCAGGUGUGUCUGGAAAGAUGUCUACAGAGACGGCUCAUGAUGAUGACAACUUUGGAACCGAAAGCUCGCAGAAGGUCAUUCUUAGAGCCCUGGGUCGUGAGAGACGAGACCGAGUAUUGGCAGGUCUAUAUAUGGGACGGUCCGACACAGCACUCCUGGUCCGUCAGUCAGCCCUCCAUGUAUGGAAAAUCAUUGUGGCUCACACCCCCAUGACUCUCAGAGAGAUCCUCCCCACUCUCUUCUCUCUUCUCCUUGGUUGUCUGGCCAGCACUAGUCAUGAUAAAAGACAGGUAGCAGCUAGAACUCUGGGAGAUCUAGUGAAGAAGUUAGGAGAGCGAGUACUUCCUGAAAUCAUCCCAAUCCUGGAGAAGGGCCUCGAUUCCGAACGAGCCGACCAGAGACAAGGAGUGUGUAUUGGUCUGUCGGAAAUCAUGAAGGCCACCAGCAGGGAACAUGUCUCGGUGUAUGCAGAUAGCUUGGUGCCUACAGUAAGAAGAGCACUGACUGAUGAUCUUCCCGAGGUGAGGGAGGCUGCUGCAGAGACAUUCGACAAUCUCCACUCCAACAUUGGUCAGAGGGCGCUCGACGAAAUUCUGCCACUCCUUCUCCGACAGCUGGAUGAUGAGGAAAAGUCAGAUUCAGCACUAGAUGGAUUAAAACAAGUUAUGACAGUCAAGAGUAGAGUGGUCUUGCCAUAUCUUGUUCCACAGUUGACAGCUUCUCCAGUGAAUACUCGUGCUUUGUCAUUCCUGUCCUCUGUGGCUGGUGAUGCCUUAACCAAGCACCUGUCUAAGAUCCUUCCAGCUCUUUUGUCUGCUCUCAGCAGUAAAAUGGACACUCCAGAUGAGACGGAGGAAAUAGGAUACUGUCGAACAGUGGUGCUGUCUGUGAAUGAUGAUGUUGGGGUCAGGAUAAUAAUGCAGGAACUGCUGACAGCUUCCCAGUGCCCUGGUGCCAGCGAGUGUUGGAGUGCAGUGGCCAUCCUCCACACAUUCUGCGAGAAAUCCAGUGCAGAUUACUCCGAUUAUCUUCCACAGUUGUUCCGUGGACUGAUUGCUUUGUUUACGAGAUCAUCAGAAAGAGUCUUGUAUGCUGCAUGGGAUUGUCUGAAUGCUAUUACAAAGAAAAUUGAUGUCACGGAAAUGUUUCAAUACAUAUCAGAUGUCAGACAAGCUGUGAAAUACGCUAUGUCAGAUUACAAAGGAAAAGAAUUACCUGGUUUUAGUUUACCAAAGAAGGGAAUUGCACCAGUGUUGCCUAUCUUCAGAGAGGGUAUUUUAAAUGGCUCCCAGGAGAUGAAGGCUCGGGCAGCUGAUGGAUUGGGAGAAUUGAUAAAUAUCACCAGUCCAGAAGCACUAAAGCCAUCUGUUGUCAACAUCACAGGACCUCUCAUUCGUAUCCUUGGAGACAGGUUUACGUGGCAGGUCAAGGUCGCUGUUCUGGAAACUCUGACACUGCUUCUUGCUAAGGUUGGCGUUCAACUGAAGCCAUUCUUACCACAACUACAGACUACUUUCUUGAAAGCACUCAAUGACCCCCAGCGACAAGUUCGACUGAAGUCAGCAUCUGCUCUGGGAAAACUCACAAUUAUUCAUACGAGGGUGGACCCACUCUUCACUGAGCUUCAUUCUGCUGUAAAGAAUACUUCAGACCAAAAUGUCAAGGACACCAUGCUGCAGGCUCUGAGAUUUUGUAUUUGUGGAGCUGGAGAGAAGAUGUCAGAUGCUUCUAGAAAGGGAAUUAUGGGAACUCUGUUGGGAAUGCUGGGACUUCAGGAGGAAUCAACACGUACUGCCACCUCUGGCUGUGUGGGAUGUAUGUGUAAACUCUUGCCAGAGGAAGAGCUGACUGAAGUCAUGAUUCAACAGUUACUAGAUACAGCAGAGAGUGGUGCGGACUGGACACUGAGACAUGGCAGAAGUCAAGCAUUAGCUGUGGCUCUGAAAACGGCAGCACCAAAGAUCUGGACUCCAGCCUUCCAAUCCAACAUCAUCAAGUGUCUGUCCGGUCUUGUUGACUCAGACAAGGUACCACUCUGCCAGAGUGGAGUUCGGGGACUGGGGUAUGUUCUUUUACAUCAGAGCAGGACUUCUGAACUCGACCCUGAACUAGUCAAUCUGUUAAUCAAGGGAUUAAAGAAGGAUUCCAAUGAUAUGAAACUUUUAGUAACCCAGGUGGCAUCUCUGAUAGCGAGCUGUGACACGCCCCUCCCUAUGUCAGUCAUUAAGGUCCUAGUUCCAGCUCUAGUGAUGGGAACCAAGGAGAGGAACACUAUGGUCAAAUCCAGCAGUGAAUAUGCCCUCAUCUCAGUUUUGAAACUCAGAAAGGGGGAUACUCUGCUAAAUCAAACCCUUGAUGAACUGGAUGUCGGAAUGAAAGAGUCUCUGAGUGAUGUCGUCACAAAAGCAUUAAAUAAACUCUGUAAACAGCCCGAGCCACCGCUAGAUGAGAUAGACGACACAAUCCUGAAGUGAAAUCUGUCCAAUCAAUGAACAGAUAACUGUGACUAUUGUACAGUGCUGAUGAUUUUCUUUAUCACAUCAUGAAAAUUGCGUGGAAAAUUACACUUUAAACUCCAUUCCAGCUCUUUGCCAAUUUGAAUUCACAUACAUAUAAAUGCAGUGUUUGCUUCUCCUUCAUUUUUUUUAAAAAUUAGAAUAUGUAUAGGAUAUGAUUUCCCAGUUAUCAUGCAUUGUUGGGGCUUUCUGAUCAGCUUCUUUUGACAAAAGGUAUACAUUUAAAAUUUUGCCAAAAGAUUUUUUGACACGGUUUCGAAACAUUUCACUCGACUCAGUUGUGAGACAUAAAAAGUGGAUCGUGGAAAUAUUUCAAUCGUUGAUUGCGAGACGUAAAAAGAGGAUCAUAAAAAGCACAAAGUUGUCCUGACAGUCUAUACAAGGAAUCUCUGAAAAUUGUUAAUGAUUUUCAUUGCAAACUGCAAUGAAGAUCCUGAAAAGAAGUGCCAGUCCAUUUGUUUAUUCAACUAUUUUGACUGGGAUCAACACAGCAACUUGAUUUAAUUUAGAUUUUUGUUCCCCUUUUUUAUAUUGUGUUGUUAGGGAUGUGUGAUAGAUGACAAGGCAAUCAAUAUUUUAAUAUUUCAGUCAAUUUAGAGUCAGUAUCUGUUGUCAAAACAGUGAGUAACAGAACUACAUUUGUGGAUUUUUUGAUUGUCUGCAAUCUAUUUCAACAUUGUAUUAAGUAUUUUUAAGCAGUUUAAUUAUUAAAGUAUAUUCUUUAAGUCAUAGCUCGAAACUACAAAAUUAUGAAGACCUUUGUUUUGUGCAAAUCAUUUUGCUUAAUAUUAUUUAUUUUUUCAAGAUUGUCAUAUAUUUUUUGUUGGUAUGUGCAGUGAUCACAAGACUGGUGGAAAAUACAGAGGAAUGUGACAGUAAAAUUUGGAAAUAAUGCUAUGUGUGUAUGCCAUGUUUAUCAUUGAAUAAAUCUUUAAAGUUG